ACGUUAUUAGAACGUUCCUUCGUUGGUAGAAAUUGGUAGAAAUGAAAUCGUUUUUUGGCACCUAACAAAACGGAAUUAAAAUUACUAGAUAUCGGAUUGCUAACCUUAUGUGACUACUCAUUUGAAUAAGAAAUUGUCUGGACCUUAUUUAAGAAAGUAAAUUCGUAUCAAACUACAGGAAACUGUAAGGUUAGGUGUCUUGAUAGAAUGUCGGCAGAGGAAUCUUCAAAUUUGCGUUUAGGACCUGAUCCUAAUGUCAGUUAUCCGAUACAAGUACAAUAUUGUGGAAAUUGUUCUCUUCCCAUCGAGUAUUGUGAAUAUUAUCCAGAAUAUGAAAAGUGUAAGCAGUGGCUAGAAAGGAAUUUACCAACAGAAUUUGAGAAAGUUAAAUUAGUAGAAGAUACUACUACAGAGGCAGGUGGAGGUGAAGAUGAAAAGAAACGACAAAAACGUGGUGGCAAAGGCAUGCUUAAGACAAAGAAAAAAGAAGAUGUUCCAAAAUUAGUGACCGUAUCUAGAGCACCUAGAGGGAAAAAGAAAUCUGUUACAGUUGUUACUGGUCUCAGCACUUUUGACAUAGAUCUAAAAGUAGCUGCAAAGUUUUUUGGUAGUAAAUUUGCAUGUGGAUCUAGCGUAACAGGAGACGAUGAAAUAGUUAUACAAGGGGAUGUAAAAGAUGAACUAUUUGAAGUAAUUCCAGAAAAGUGGCCACAAAUUGAUGAAGAUUCCAUAGAUGACCUGGGGGAUCAUAAAAGAUAAUGAGCAAACCGAAAGUUUAUUUGCACAAUGUAUUUAAUAUUAUAUCAUUUCCAUUUCUGUUUAAUAUAAAUAAAAUGUACAUAAAGUAUAUAAAAUGUUUUUAAGAACUU